CCCACGACGGUGCUACCAGCCACUCUCACGAGGGAGUCUCUGCUGCCGACCAUGGUCACAGCCAUGAGAUCCUCGACGGACCUGGGAGCUAUCUUCACAGAGAGAUGCCCAUCGUAGAAGGACGCGAUUGGAAGGACAGGGCUUUCACCAUUGGUAUUGGCGGUCCCGUCGGCUCCGGCAAAACCGCUUUGAUGCUCGUGCUCUGCCUCGCCCUACGCGAAAAGUACUCCCUUGCCGCCGUCACCAACGACAUCUUCACCCGCGAGGACGCCGAGUUCCUGACCCGCCACGCCGCCCUACCGGCCGAGCGCAUCCGCGCCAUCGAGACAGGCGGCUGCCCCCACGCCGCCGUCCGCGAGGACAUCUCCGCCAACCUCGCCGCCCUCGAAGACCUCCACCGCGCCUUCGACACCGACCUCCUCCUCAUCGAGUCGGGCGGCGACAACCUCGCGGCCAACUACUCCCGCGAGCUCGCCGACUUCAUCAUCUACGUCAUCGACGUCAGCGGCGGCGACAAGAUCCCCCGGAAGGGAGGGCCCGGUAUCACCCAGAGUGAUCUGCUCGUCGUCAACAAGACCGACCUCGCCGAGAUUGUCGGUGCCGACCUCAAUGUCAUGGAACGAGACGCCCGCAAGAUGCGCGAGGGCGGCCCUACCGUCUUCGCCCAGGUCAAGAAGUCCGUCGGCGUCGACCACAUCGUUAACCUUAUACUCAGUGCCUGGCGAGCCAGCGGGGCUGAGGAGGUCCGGAAGGCGGCCGGGGGGCCGCGGCCGACCGAAGGCCUGGACAAGCUCCAAACAUCAUCAUAAAGAAGGAACCCAAAAAAGAAAAAAAAAAGAAAAAAAGGAAGAACGACACCAGUGUGGUCAGCGGAUGCGAGCUAUUGAAUAUCCUUUGUUCCUUUCCUGCGUUAUCAUAAAAUCUUUUUCUAGACCCAUGUAAUAUGUGUAUGUAGUAUCGCCACCAAGUGAGUGUUUAAUCCAUAUCCGCCGAGUUCUU